GUUCUGAUCAGUCAGUACCCAUUUCAAAUGGGUUAACGAGUUUAUGCGCUUAUACAUAUUCCGGUAAUGUUUCCUGUAUUAUUAUUUUAUUCGUCACGAGGUUUUAUUGUAACGCGGAUUUCAUUAUGGAGGGGGGCAAAAAAAAUUAAAGAGGGGUAAUCCCCCGUAUUUGCGUUAACAAACCGAAAUUAAAGUAGGGAUAAAUGAGUUUUUUUUCGGUUUUUGAAAUUGUUAAUUUUAACGUACGAAAAUAUUCCGAAAAUAGGAGGUAUCCUAUGUCGUUCGGUUUUUCGGUAAUUUCGGUCCUUUUUCACAUUCGUAACCGAUUUUGUUAUUUUUUCGAGUCGCGAAUUUUAAUUGUUUGAAUUGUUCUAUUUUUUCAAAACUUUUGAAAACUUUUAUUUUUACUUAAUUCGGUUUUUUUCUUUCAAUUUUUAUUAUUUGUUUUUACUAUAUUUACGUACGUUUUUAAUUUCGUUUUUUUUCUUUCAAUUGUUUGUGAAACUGACAUGUGUUUUUGAAUAUUGUGUUUUGUGAAGGAUUUUUUUGUUCUUGUCACGGAUUGGAUUUUUAACAUUUAUUUUUCUACGGAUUCAGGAAAACUUCAUUAAGAUGAAAAGGAUUAAUACUUUCAAAAAAUUUAUAACAAGAGGUUUGUACGAGUCUUUGCAAAGUUGUCCGUUGUUAACAUGACCAAUGAUCAUAAUGGCGGAAAACGAUUCCGGAGUCAUGUUUAUGUCAGAGGCGCCAAAAUCGCACAACGGCGGACCGAUCAUCAUGGAUUCGGCUAUGACUUCGGACGAGAUAGAUUCAGAAUCGGAGGGAAUCUCGUUAAUGUCGGCGAGAUCAUACCUAUCGUCGGCCGAGACCAAACGCAACAAACGUAAAAACUUCCAACCGCGUAACAUCGCGUACUCGGAAACCGAAUCGAUCACCGAAUCGUUCACGAAUCGCGAUCGAACCCCCAGCAACUCCAGCGAAUCCGAUUACGCGCUAGACUUAAGCAACGUCGACGUCCUCCGUGGCACAUCCAGCGGCGGCUGUACGAACGUCGACGAAGACGCUGGUAAACCUACCAAAGAUGAUAACGAUGGCGCCGGUGCGCAGAAUGCCAAAGACGACGACGAAGCCGAACAAACGGUCAACGAGUCGUCUCCCAUAGAUCUCAGUUGCUCCAAGAGCACCUCACCUUAUCCGUACAAUCACGUUAAUUCGUACUACAGCGAUAGCGACAGCGGCGACGAACCCGUUAUCAACGUGAAAACCGAGGAAAAACGCAGAAAGGAGAUUUUGGAAUCGUUCAAAACUCCAGCUGGUCCUUAUUUUCUGCAUCCGUUACUAGGUCAUGGCGGCGACGCUUCUGAUCUAAAAGAGUACUUUCAAAAUACGGUCAAAGAGUUAUUGGGAAUAUACGGCGUAAAUACCGACGUUGCGACGGAUGUAGCCCAGACAAUUAACAACGUACCUAUAUCGAAUUUCUCUUCCGGUAAAAUAUUAGAAUCGCAAAUCCGCCACAAUCCGAAAUCCGAACCACCGACACCUCCUCGCUCGCCUCAAACACAUUCGUUGAAAGGUCUCGCAAUGACAUUGAAUCCCAUUGGCACACCUAGUUCAAAAAAAGCUGAUUUAUCAUUUUCAAAGCAGACGAACGUGCGAACUCAGUCAUCAAUUUUCUCAUCAUCUGAUACAAUCCUACCUCAAAAUGUGGCCGCAAUUUUAGCCUUGAGUUCGAUGAAAGAUCAGCAGCCAAAAACGAACAGUAUGAACGAUGGGAAACCAUGUGUAACAAUAACGCCUUCGAGAUUGUCGCCUAGCUUACAUACCGAAAACAGCAAUAACAGUAAUUCAGACAGUUUAACGAUACGUAGGGUUUCUUCGGUUAGUCCGCUACCGUUGUUGAAAGAAAACAGACCGCAGACUAUACAAAGACCACUUCAGUCGGUCUCCAGUCAUCCGACCGAUUAUUCCCGUUACGUGAAAAGAUUCAGUACGGCCAUGGAAUGUGGAAAUAAUUAUUGUAAAGAUCUUAAUUAUAGAGAACAUUUCCAUUGUUUAGACUGUAAUUCAAAAGUAUUCAUUAAAAAGGAAGAAAUGAUUAGGCAUUUUAAAUGGCACAAAAAACGAGACGAAAGCUUACAACAUGGAUUUAUGAGAUAUUCGUCCAGCGACGAUUGCACAGAUAGGUUCCAAAAUUGUACGCAUAAUAGAAAGCAGACUCAUUACCAUUGCAUUCAGGGUACUUGUGAUAAAGUUUAUAUUAGUACAUCGGACGUACAAAUGCACGCGAAUUACCAUAGAAAAGAUUCCGCCAUUAUACAAGAAGGAUUUCAAAGAUUACGAGCUACCGAAGAAUGUCGUACCGAAUAUUGCGUAUUUUUUGGCCAAAAAACUACUCAUUUUCAUUGUCGACGCGAACAUUGCACGUUUACGUUUAAAAAUAAAGCCGAUAUGGAAAAACACAAAACAUAUCACAUCAAAGACGAACAACUAGCUCGAGACGGAUUCCGUAAAUUCUUGAAACAAGAUCCGUGCGGUUUCACUGGUUGUCGUUUUUCGCAAAUUUGCAACCAUAUCCACUGCGUACGAGAAGGAUGUUCGUACGUUUUGCAUUCUAGCGGACAGCUUGUCAGUCAUAAACGUAAACACGAGCGUAAAGAUAACGAAAUGACGUACCGUAAAUUCAAAUUAAACCAUCAAAAUUUAAGUGUAUUUAAUGGCGCUGCUGAUCAGCUCAGUCAGUAUUCCGAUAAGUUACUGUCUCCGACCAACUCGUUGCCGUUGUUUCAACAUAGUCAGGUUAAUCCUACGCUAAAUACGAGUUACGCAGCUUUACACGAGAAUAGCUAUAGUAAUAGUUCCAGCGAAGAUCCUGCUUCUCCGGCCAAUAGCAUUAAAUUUCGUUCCAGUGGUUCGACGCAGCUUUCAGGUGGCUAUUUCACCGAAAAUUUCAGUCCGAUGGAUUUCUCGCAGUCUGAAGAUUCUUCGGAUUAUUUCUAUAGAUUUAUUAAUUACUUUCAAGUUGGCGAUAGUUGCCCGUUGAAUGUGAAAUGUUCGAUGCAUGGUACCGAGCAUUAUCAUUGUAAAGAACCAAAUUGCGAACUUUCAUUCAAGAGUAAAGACUCGGCUGAAAGUCACGCUAGAUUACACGAAGCUCAAGAAAGAUUGGCUGAAAAUUUAUACCAAGAAGGCACGCCGUAUUGUCACGAAGAUAGCUGUCCAAAAGAGAAGCAUUUCCAUUGUACUUGGGAUGGUUGUUACGAAGCGAUACUUCCCAGUGAAAAAUUAGAACACCUUAAAAUACACGAAAUUUCUACUAAUCAAUUCAACUCAUUAGACGCGUUAUUUAGAAGGAAAAGAGGAAGGCCACCGAAGAACAGAAUUAUCGAGGUAUGGAAUGACUGUAGUGGCAUCAUUGGUAACGAUUCGCCUCAAGCUAUAUUUACCAGCUUUAAAUUACCGAAAAUCUCCUCCGGUACUAUUACCAAUAAUUCACAACAAUCCGACAAUGAAAUCAAUUCACCGCCAAAUAAUCAUUCGCCGAAGCAUCUUUCUCAACAUAUUCUGGAUCAGUACAAAUUCGAAGAAUACACCGAAGGAUGUCCAGAUCCAUUGUGUGUGUUUUCAAAUCGGUCUCCUACAUCGCCACAUUACCAUUGUCGAAGACCUCGUUGCUUCUUCGCCACCAAUUCGGAAGAGCAACUGCUUUCGCAUUCGGUCAACUUUCACGACACUAUUGAAAUCAUGGACGGAUUUUUAUUUUUCGAUUCAUCCGUCGAUUGUCGACUCGAUAAUUGCAAAAGUAAUAAAAUCAAUCGGCAUUUCCACUGCGUACGACCCGGAUGCGGAUUCUCGUUCGUUGGAUAUUCGGUGAUGGCCGAACACAACAAUAAACAUCAGUUAUCGGAAAUUACGCACAAGAUUAAUUCGAGCAAAGAUGGUGAACCAGAAAUAAAAUGCGAACCUUCUGAUGAUUCUGUCUCGUUGAAUAAUUCUGCUACCAAUAUUACGCCUACUUCAGCACCUUCGUUAUCACCUGUAAAUCUGAAUAGUAAAUCUAACGUGGUCAGAGCUGCUGGAACUUUUUAUCCGUUAUGUAGUUUGAACAAUGUCGGAAAUUCCUCACCGCCAAGCAUCAGUGAAGAUAAAAUAAAAUUGGAAUCUCCAAGUCAACAAGAUUCCUUAUCAGUGAUCCCAACAUCCACACCAACACCAACCACAACUUCUUCGCCUCUUCUUAAUUUACUGCCAGAACGGAUGCAGUUGCAUGAACACACGAAUUACACAGCAGAUAAACCUUGCUGCAGACCAUUUUGUAAACUCAAACGUAAAGAACAUUACCAUUGCAAUGAAUGUAACCAAGUAAGAGCUUUUUCGGAAGUUGAUAAGUUGAAGCAACAUAUUUUAAAACUACAUAAUCCCAGUAAAAAACCAUUCGCCGUUAAAUUGGAAAAUAACAAUAAUAAUAGUAUGAUCGACGAUAACGAAGAUCUGGGACGUUCACCUGCCGGUUUACCUCCUUCUUUACCUAUGGGAAUAGAUGCUGCAGACUUGGUUCAUUCACCUCAUUAUCCUGGUCUAGGCGUAGCAAUGGCAGCAGCUCAGCAAUUAGCAAUGAUGACUUCUCAAAGUAUUUCGUUCAUCGGUAUGCCUCCAUUGUAUACCUCACCUUCAGGUUUCAUGAUUACUCCACCUCACGCCUUUACUCAUCCGCAUGCGUUAUUAGGAAAUAAUUUAUUAGAAUCUGUGUCUCCUCAUGGAGCAGAUUUAUCAGUGAAUCCAACCAAUAGCGAAAUGAAUGCCGCCCAGAAGCGAUGUUCUGCAUCGCCUCAUGAAAUGAGUCCUGAAAUGAAAAAGGCCCGAAUUCAAAACUCGAUGAGAAUAUUGAAAGAUGAACCGGUACCAGAAGGAUAUCUUCGUUUUAGAUUUAAUGAAGACUGCCAUUACUCUCACUGCGGUUAUAGAGAACACCAGACUCAUUUCCAUUGUGUGCGACAAGAUUGUGGUUACAGUUUUUGUGAUAAGACUAGAUUCGUACAACACACUGCCAGACAUGAAAGGCUGGACACGCUUAUGGGAGGCGAUUUCCAUCAAUACAGAGCGAACGUCUCUUGCGGUAGAGUCGAAUGCGCCUAUACUGCUUCGCUAAGUGGAAGUCAAAACAAAGCAUCUCACUUUCAUUGUUUAAAGUGCGACUUCGUCUGCACCGAUACAAAUAAAGUAGUAGCUCAUCGUAGACAGCAUCAGAAACUAGAUUCGAUAAAUGCAGCCGGUUUUGAAAAAUUCACCCCUUCUCAAGCAUGUAAUCAACCAGAUACUUGCGUACAUUCGGGUAAACAGACGCACUACCACUGCCUAAGUUGUCAAUACGCUGUGCUUGGCCUAAGUCAAAUGACUUCUCAUAAAUAUCGUCACAUGGAUCAAUGAUGUAUUUGAAGAAACUUUUCCAACGAAUUGGAAUUUAUUUUUCAUUAUAGCGAAAAAAAUAAUACUUAUGAAGAAAAACUCGUUAAACGAAUAUAAGUUUCGAGUAGUUUGCGUGACUAGAAUAUUGCAAUAUGGGUAAUUUUAUCGGGCGAGUUUUUUUUUUUUUAUUAUUUAACUUCCACUUGUGAAAGAUUAAAAAUAGAUUUUUCAUUCAAACUUCGAAAUAAGGAGGGUUUUUUCGCGGUUUUCAAAUUUUAUUACUAUUGCGUUAAUGAACGUUUAUGCCAAAGAUUUUUAACGUACAUUUACCUAUUAUUCUAAAUCCACGGUCGAGCAUUUCAAAUGCUUCGCAUUCUGGUAACAAAAUAAUGGUAAUUGAAAAAUGAAAAAAAUAUCGAAAUUUUGGCCAAAUUUUUUUCUAAUGUUAAAUCUACAUUCAAUGUAAGAUGCACUUUUGAAACACCAAAUAAAAAAGUAAUAUUUUCUACGACUAUUCGAGUAUUUUGUGAUAUUAAUUUAUACGAAAAAGUGUAAUUAUUUUUAGUUAUAUUUUUUGUAUGUAUGAUAAUGAAAGCGUUUUUAGAAUUUAAUGUUAAUAAUACUUUUUUUUUACAUGAUGUGUACAUUAUUGUAUUUUUUUUUUUUUUUUUUUUUUGGUAGACAUACAAAAAUGUCUAGAAACUUUAAUGAGCUUUUUGUAAAUUUUUUUACAUAGAUUAAAAUUAGGAUGGUUUUUUUUUCUUUUGUUUCAUUGUAUAUUAUUUUUUAGUCAUCCAUAGAACUGAUAAAUUAAAUUUUUUGUAGCUUUAAUUUUUUUUUUGUUUUGUUACAAACAAAUCCAUUACCAUAACGGUUUUUGAGAAUAAAAAAAUAUUCGCCAAAAAUUUGUUAGUCGAUUGUCAAAAAUUAAAAAUUUAAAAACCGAGAUCUUUAUAAAGUGCCAUUUAAAAUUUGUAUAUUUUUAUUAUAAUUCUGAAAGUUUUGUUACUGUAAUUAAUUUUUAUUUUAUAAAUCGGUUGCAUAUUUAUUCGACGAGUUCGUUACAGGGUAUUUUAUUGGCCUAAAAGUACACAGCAAUGUUACCAAUAGGUCUGAAAUUUUUUUUCAACAUGAGCUUACAGAUUUAAAUUUACUGUACCUACCCCUAAUACCUAUGAAAAGUUCCACACUGUUGAAUCUUGCAAAUAUGUUAGCUUUUCUUCUCUUUUUGUAGUGUUGAUGUAAUGUUAAGGAAACAUAAAUACUUAUUUAAACUCUCACGCCGUCUGAUGUACAAAAAAAGUGCCUUUAAAUAGUUGGUAAGUGGUAACGUUGCGAUUUAAAUGGAAAAAAAGUUUAACAUUUUCUUAUUUUGUACAUUCCCUACAUAUGUUUUAAUGAGAUGGAAAUUCUUUUGACGACUUCGAUAAAUCUGGGAAAAUACGCAUUUUUGAUAAAAAUAAUACUUGAUUGGUUGGAAAAUUUCCUUUUUCAUUCUAGAAUUCGAAAUGAGUAAAUUCAAAAUGUCACGAUGAAACACAAAUUGUAUAAUUUUUGGCCUAUAUAAUUUGUACUUUGUACCUAUAAAUAUUGAACGAUGAUGACCCAGUGAUUAUACGUAAAACAAUGUAGAAUUUUUUUUUAUUUUGACAAUAUAUUAUUAUACCCUUUUAGAUAUUAUGUUGUAUUUUCUUUAUAAAAUAAAUUUUCAAGUUUUA